AUGUCCUGCAGUGUAAGGCCAAAGGUGUAUUGGUCACGUGGAAAAACUUGGUGUGGUGCUAAAAAUAACAUAAUUCCUGUUAUCAAGCACGAAGUGAAGGAUAAAUGGUCUGCCUUCAUCGGCGGGCUCAAAUUGUUGGAUCAAGCUUUUCUCGGGAGUUUUGCGGUGGGUACCAUGGAGGGCAAACCAGAGGGCAGAAGCAGCGCGCGACAAAUACAACCCAAUGUCAAUUUGCUAACCAAUGGGACACAUAGAAGUAGACUACGUGGAAUGGAAGGAGAAGUAUCUCGCAGUUGGAAAAGCAGAUAA